AUGGAGCUGUCCCAGCUACUCAAUGAGAUCAGGGCAAACUAUGAAAAGCUCCUCACCAGAAAUCAGAUAGAGACCGUGCUCUCAACAAGGAUCCAGUUAGAGGAAGAUCUAAGCAAAAAAAUGGACAAAGAUGAAGAGGCUUUAAAGGCGGCUCAAGCAGAACUCAAGGAAGCCCGACGCCAGUGGCAUCACCUGCAAGUGGAAAUUGAAUCUCUCCAUGCUGUGGAGAGGGGCCUUGAAAACUCCCUACACGCCAGUGAACAACAUUACCAGAUGCAGCUGCAAGACCUAGAGGCAGUGAUUGAAGGACUAGAAAAAGAGCUACAGGAAGUAAGGCGCGGCAUUGAAAAGCAGCUUCAAGAGCAUGAGAUGCUCCUCAACACGAAGAUGAGGCUAGAACAAGAAAUCGCAACUUAUCGCCGCCUCCUGGAAAAGGAAGAAAUCAGAUAUUAUGGUUGCAUCCAAGGUGGGAAAAAAGAAAAACCUACCACAAGUAGAGUUGGUUUUGUUUUACCUUCAGCCAUUAUAAAUGAAGUAUCUUUUUCAACAAAAGUCUCACAGAAGUAUGAGAACGAAAAAGUGGAAACAGUGACCAAACAAGCAAUAUUAAAUGGAAAUGUCGUCAAAGAAAGCACUGAAGCUCAUGGCACUAUUCAGACAGAGAAAGUGGAUGAAGUUAUUAAAGAAUGGGAAGGUUCCUUCUUUAAAGAUAACCCUCGAUUAAGGAAAAAAUCUGUUUCUCUUCGAUUUGAUCUUCAUUUAGCAGCCACUGAUGAAGGGUGUUUACAGACUAAGCAGGAUAAUCUACCAGAUAUAGAAGUCAGGCUUAUCAUGAGAAGAUCAUGCAGUAUCCCCUCUAUCAAACCUCCAUCAGCAGCUAAUUAA